AUGACACAACGAAACUGUACCCAAUUUCGGAUGAAAAAACCCGAUGAACUUGAAAAUGAAUUAAACAAUUUACAACAGGAAUUAAAUAUUUUAAAACUUGGUACAAAUAAUUCAAAUAAAAUUGAAAACAUUCAAAAAUCUAUAGUACAUAUACGUAUUGUUCAAAAUCAAACAAUAAAAGAUAAUUUAAGAAAUUUUUAUCAAGGAGAAAAACAUAAACCAAAAGAUUUACGACCUAAACAAACACGAGCAAUACGACGAGAAUUAACAUCAAAUGAAAAAUCAAUUCAAUUAAAGAAAAUACAAAGAAAAAAUAGCAGUUUUCCACAACGUACAUUUGCGAUUAAAGAUUAA